AUGUCGGCACCCAGAUCCGGCGCGCGUCCAAUUCCUCCCCGCGGUCCCCGGCCUCCUGUUGGACGACUGGCCAGUCUAAAACCUCCCAACUCUACACCUAUCAAUCGUCCAACGCCCAUUGGACGUACUCAACCGCCCCGCCCAACAACACACCCAAAAACAUCUAAUUGUCCCAACCCCGGUUGUCCUGCUCCGCAUAUUGUUGAUGACGCAGGCGUGAAGGUCUGCACGGGCUGUGGUACAGUCAUCAGCGAGAACAACAUCGUCUCUGAAGUCACGUUUGGUGAGUCCUCAUCCGGUGCAGCUGUUGUGCAGGGAUCUUUCGUCGGAGAAGAUCAGACCCAUGUACGCAGCUAUGGCCCGGGUUUCCAGCGCGGAGGCGCCAUGGAAAGCCGGGAGAUGACCGAACAAACUGGAAACCGAUACAUGCUCCAGCUUUCUCGAGCUCUGACAAUCCCGGAAAGCGCAACCAAAGCUGCUGGUCAGGUCUUCAAGCUUGCCGUGGGACUGAACUUUAUUCAAGGUCGUCGCACAAAGACGGUGGCUGCGGUCUGCUUGUAUAUUGCAUGCCGUCGCCAAAACGGUAAUACCGUUAUGCUGAUUGAUUUUGCCGAUGUGUUGAUGAUCAAUGUUUUCAAACUUGGUCGUACAUACAAGGCCCUUCUCGAUGAACUCCGCCUGGGUGGCAAUGUCUUUCUCAUGAACCCCAUCGACCCCGAAAGUUUGAUUUAUCGGUUUGCCAAGCAGCUGGAAUUCGGACCAUCUCUCAUGGCGGUGGCUGGCGAAGCAGUCAGGAUCGUCCAACGAAUGAACCGUGAUUGGAUGACCACCGGUCGACGCCCAGCUGGUCUCUGCGGUGCCGCACUGAUUCUUGCCGCGCGCAUGAACAACUUCCGCCGGACUGUACGUGAGGUCGUCUAUAUUGUCAAAGUGACAGAAACAACCAUCAGCCAGCGUUUGAACGAGUUCGGUUCCACGGAGAGUGGUGAAUUAACCGUUGAUCAAUUCCGUUCAGUCCAAUUAGAGAACACUCACGAUCCACCAUCUUUCACUCGCGGGCGAGAAGGUCGAAAAAAUCGCAUCAAGAGAAUACCAGAGACUGCGGCAGAACUCGAAGAUGACGACUCUCCAGGCGAAAGUGAAGCAGAAUCAGUGCAGCCGCUUCGUGUAGAUGCUGACGGCUUUGCUAUUCCCAAUCUCCCAAUUGACCCGGCUUUGACUGCAAAUAGUCACGGUCGACGCGCAUCUGUGAUCGCUAAGGCAGUGAAUGAAGUCGUUGAAGAUAUCAAAAACGAACCAAUCCACAGUAAGGGCAAGGGCAAGCGACAACCUACGCCAGAACCGUCUGCAGAACAGGUUGCAUCUGAAGCGGCGCUGGAAGAUGAAAUGCGGUCUAUGCUUGCUCAGGGUUCAACUAUGAUUGAGAGCGUCGGCUCUGACCAACCGCCGCGGCCUACUGUUUCCGAUAGCGCUGAAAUCGAUGCUGCCGAGUUCGAAGAUGACCCUGAAGUCGCCAAUUGUCUGCUCUUGCCCGCGGAAGUCGAGAUCAAGGAGUCAAUUUGGGUAACGGAAAACAAAGAGUACCUCCGCAACCAACAAGCAAAAGCCCUAAAGCGGGCCCUAGAAGAGUCAAACGGCGGCGGCGCACCUCGAAAGCCACGCAAGCGUCGCCGUGGCCGCCUUGGGGAUGUUACCUAUCUGGAGGGCGAAGGUGAAGAUGGUCGCAGCUCCCGUGCCUCGACGCCGGCUGAAGCGACACGUCGCAUGCUCGAGCGCCGAGGUUACAGCAAGAAGAUUAACUACUCUCUCCUGGACACCUUGUACGGCGGUGAAGGGGGAGACGCGAAGUCACGAAGCAUGAGCCGAAGCCAAAGUCGCAGCCAAAGCGUCGUCUCACGACGCAGUGCCAGCAUCGAGCCAGAAGCAGCCUUACGAUCCCGACGUGCCACUCCAUCAGAUUACAAGUUCGAUUCCAAGUUCAUCCGUCCCACCUCUACAGCACCAUUGCCUACCCCGCCAUCUACCGCUCUAAACACCUCUCAGGACGCAAAGCCAGUCAUGGCCAAGGGUAUCCCCGUGGAUCAGAUUGAGCCAGAUCCUGAGGACGAAGAUGAUGAGGAAGACGAUUAUGACGACGAUGAGAAGGACGAUGGCCUCGAGGACGCAUUUGCAGGCAAUUAUGAGAGUGACUACGAUUAUGGCGAUGAUGAUGACUGA